GUUUUAAUAUACAAACUGCUUCUAACUAUCCACUAAUUACGGCUCUAAUUACUCCUAAAGUUCCACCUAACAUGAUUUUUACUUUUACUGUGUGUACAGUUUAGUGGACAGGGAAAUGAUGAACUAUGAUUCUGAUCCCUACUUUUUCUCUUCAUCCGACAAAGACCCUUUUCAUGCCUUGAGUUCUUGGAAUGAUUCUCUGCACUACUGUCAAUGGCGUGGUGUUUCGUGCAGUCGCCGACAUCCUGACAGGGUCACAGCCUUAAUCUUCAACUCACGAGGCCUAACAGGACCUCUGUCGCCUCAUAUUGGAAAUCUCUCCUUUCUGAAUGUCAUUGAUUUCCAAAACAAUAGCUUCAAUGGCCGAAUUCCACAAGAAAUUGGUCGUCUUCGUCGCCUGCGAUAUCUAAUACUUGCCAACAAUUCAUUUGGUGGGAAUAUACCAGCAAACUUGUCCAGUUGCUCUGAACUUUUAUACCUUGACCUCAUCGACAAUAAGCUUACUGGAAACAUACCUGCUGAGUUGGGAUCUUUGCCAAAACUUGGAGCACUAGGCUUGGGACGUAAUAAUCUGACAGGAACUAUUCCUCCUUCAAUUGGGAAUCUCUCAUCUCUUUACCAAAUAUCUAUAAGAACAAAUAACUUGCACGGACAGAUUCCGGAGGAGCUUUCGCAACUUGUGAAACUAAAGGAUGUGUUAUUUGGAGAAAAUAAUCUGAUUGGUGAGAUUCCUUAUGGCCUUUUUAACAUCUCAAGCAUUGAAAUAUUUAACUUCAUUUAUAACCAGCUACAAGGAGGCAUUCCCUCUGAUAUAGGCCUUACUCUUCCCAAGUUAUCUUCUCUUGCACUAGCAUAUAAUAAGUUUACUGGGUCAAUUCCUGUUACAUUAUCAAAUGCUUCCACUCUUGAAAGAUUUGCUUUUUCUUCAAAUCAUUUUACUGGUUCAAUUCCAAAAGAUCUAGGGAAGUUGCCACGUCUUUUGAUGGCUUUCUUCUCAGAAAAUCAGUUACAAGAUGACUUGAGUUUCAUUGAUUCUCUAACUAAUUGUUCUGGUUUACAACAAAUCCAUGUUGAGAGGAACUUUUUCAAUGGGUCUAUUCCCAAAUCCAUAGCCAAUCUCUCCAAAGACAUGUGGUUUCUUGGUCUGUCAGAAAAUCAGUUGCAAAAUGGCAUCCCCUUAGGUCUUGAAAACCUCGUUAAUUUGAGAUUUUUGCAGCUGGGUUGGAAUUAUCUCUCAGGUCGUAUUCCUAUUGAUUUUGGCAGAUUUCCGUACUUGCAAUAUUUGACUUUGUCUAGCAACAAUUUCACUGGAACUAUCCCAUCUUCAUUUGGUAACUUAACUUUCCUGACUAUUCUUUACAUGAGAGCCAACAACUUUCAUGGAAGCAUACCUCCAAAUCUCGGCAAUUGUCGUAGCUUGAUCGAGUUGGAUCUUGGUCGGAAUAAUCUUAAUGGUUCAAUACCCAAAGAAGUUAUUGGCCUUUCUUCCCUUUCAGUUGGACUAUAUUUAUCUCAAAAUGAACUUACUGGUGUCAUUCCAUCAGAAAUUGGAUUGCUUCAAAAUCUAGUCUCAUUGGAUUUAUCUAACAAUAGAUUUUCUGGUAUAAUUCCAAAAACCAUUGGUGAAUGUUCGAAAUUGGAAGGGCUUUAUCUAUCGGAUAAUUCAUUUGAAGGAGAGAUACCUCAAGCUUUGAGUUUUUUGCAUGGUUUAAGAGAGCUGGAUAUUUCAGGCAAUAACUUCUCAGGUAAAAUUCCAGAUUCUUUAGCUGGGCUUGAUGGGUUGAGCCUUUUGAAUCUGUCAUUUAAUAGGCUUGAAGGAGAAGUACCAAAACAGGGACUUUUCUUAAAUGCAAGUGAAAUUUCAUUGUUAGGAAACAAUCUUUGUGGAGGAAUCAAAGAAUUGAAGCUUCCUCCUUGCCCUUCCUCAAAAUCCACAAAGAAUACACUCUCCCCUGCUCAGAAAAUAUUAAUCUCAGUCUUCAGUGUUGCAUUAUUUUUGCUUGUGUUGACAUCCUUCUUAAUUUUCUGGUAUAGGAAAAGAACUUCUAGAAGUAAAGGCAUCUCCAUGCCAUCAUUUAAUCACCAGUUUUUGAGACUUUCCUAUGCAGAACUCUUCAAAGCCACUGAUGGAUUUUCUGAGUCCAAUAUAGUAGGCACCGGUGGCUAUAGUUCUGUCUAUAAAGGAAUUCUUGAUCAAACAGCAAAAGAAGUAGCAGUAAAAGUGUUGAACCUGCAUCGGAAAGGAGCAUCAAAUAGUUUUCUGCGUGAAUGUGAAGCUCUUAGAACCAUCAGGCAUAGGAAUCUCAUGAAGUUACUCAGUGCCUGUUCUAGCAUUGACUUUAAAGGGAAUGAUUUCAAAGCUCUAGUUUAUGAAUUCAUGUCAAAUGGGAGCUUGGAGAAAUGGUUGUACGCUAGCCAUGUAAUGGAAGAUGGGAGACAAAUAGAAUCAAUAAGUUUGAAGCUAAUGCAUAGGCUAAAUAUUGCUAUUGACAUUGCUUCUGCACUCGAGUACCUUCAUAAUGGUUGCCCAUCGACAAUCAUACAUGGAGAGCUAAAGCCAAGUAAUGUUCUUCUAGAUGAUGAGAUGACAGCCUAUGUUGGAGACUUUGGCUUAGCAAAGAUUGUUUCUACAAUUUCUGUUGGGUCUCAGCAACAUCAGCAUCAAAGUAGUUCUCUAGCAAUCAAAGGAACAAUAGGCUAUGUUGCUCCAGAGUACGGCAUGAGCGACAUGGUGUCCGUAGAAGGAGACAUAUAUAGCUAUGGAAUUAUGUUAUUGGAGAUGUUUACAGGAAAGAAACCCACUGAUAAUUCUUUUACAAAUGAAGUAAAUCUUCAUGUUUUUGUUGAAAGAUCUUUGCCAUAUAAAGUGAUGGAAAUUGUAGAUCCACGCAUUUUAAUAGAAGAUGGAAGAGGAACUCCGGUAGAUUGCUUGGUCUCGGUAUUGAGAAUUGGAGUUUAUUGCUCCAUGGAACAACCAACAGAGAGGAUGAAAAUGGUAGAUGUAAUCAGAGAAUUACAAAAGGUGAAGGAUGUGUAUAUGAACGAAUUAAGAGAGCACUAAUUGUCGAAUUGAAGGCUCGAGCACCUCCCUAACAGCAUUAAUGAAAAAUUUCAACCAUUUCAUCCUGUUGCGCAUUACAACAAGUUGCCUUUCUCAUGGCUAAUAGUUGACCAAAGUAUUUCUUUAUAUUUGAUUUGUUUGCGAGUAUUUUAUUAAUAAUAGAAUUAGAACUUUUUCAUCUCA